AUGUCCUACUACAACAUGACUUUCUACGUCAGUAGUGGCUUUCGCGACUAUCCCCGUUCGAGUGCCAUCGGAGCCGUAGCUGCAUGUUCGAUGUUUGCGGGAGGCAAUCUCUAUUGGUAUACAACGGCUUAUCUAGACCGAAGGGGUGCCAUUCCCACGGAACAGAGAGCAGGAAUCACGGCCAUAGUCGUCGCUCUCGAAUGGGCCUUGUACGAAUACGACAACAGGCGCAGCGGCAACCCCCCAUUACGACUGACCAUUUAUUCCGAUUCGGAAUACGUCACCCGCUGCAUGAGGCAGAAUAUCGCCGCGUGGGAACGGAACGACUGUGUUCACAGUGAUGGUCGUGCUAUCUACGAUCUGGAUCUCUGGCGUUACAUCGCAUAUUUGAACCGUCGCGUCAGAGACCUGGGCCCGGUCUACUAUAUGAGAAUCUCGCGAGAGGAGAACAUCGAUGCGGUACCGAGAUGCAUUGAGGCGCUGGACAGACGGGAGUCGGAAGAGCAAAGAGGCCAUUCCCAGGCCAACGAUGAGUCAUUCUGA